AUGCCAGGACCUCGUAAGGGUCAUACAUCGUCAUUUGCUGCAGCUGCCAAGGUUAUUUUUGACUCCGCACGAAAGACUGGUGCUAUAAAUGCACUUCAGAGGGGUGAUAAACCAGUUGGUCAUCACCUCAAAGACAUUUAUCGUCAUAGUAAGGCACGUGACGCCUCUUUUGGAGGUGUCUCUUAUAAGGUAGUAGAGUUUCUUGCGACACAAAAAGCGUCAUCACCGUUGAGGCCACAACCGUCUGUGCAAAGCUUUUCCAAAAAAGUACCACACCUUGAUGUCCCAUCUAUUGUUUCCUCUGUAAAAGUUGAAAGUUCUUUGUCAACACCUGCGAUGGAACCAACACCUGCGGCUCACGAACAAACGGAAUCCAUGGAAGAAACAAGCAUUCCAACGACUGUUGUUUCUUCGAUGGCCCAAGACGUUGGUCACGAAGACAACAUACAAGCUCAGGAGUCUCAAGAGGAGGAAAAUUUAUUAGAUGUUUUCGGCGACAUACCCAUUUCGGAGGACAAGCCGUUGUUUGAGUCGCGUCCGACUUUCUACGUGCCUCAGCAAAACGUUGCGACUCUAAAGACAAUCGAUGAGGUUGUUCCAAGCCAUCUUUCAGACAAAGUGAGUAGUUCACCAUCGAGAACAACAUCGGUGUUUGAUAACUUUUCCAAAAAUGAGAAGCUAUUUUCCAAGGUUUCAUUGUCGAAUAUCGAGGCGGAAACAUUUUCUGUUGACUCCUGGGAGAAGCAGAGGGAAGCAGAGCUAGCACAAUUCCAAAGGAAGAAACAAGAUGAGGCGGAUCUUCUCGCUGCUGAACAGCUGGAGCGAGAACACCAGAGUUUAGGAAAUAGAUGGGUUGAGAAAAGAACGAGUAUUACCACAAAUGAACCGCAUCUUACGGGGGAGAUGAGUAUACUACGUGAAAUUUACUUCUCCACAUCUAUCGAGGAGUCCCUCAAGCUUUUUAAAAAUAUUGUCGGUCUCGGUAGUCGAUCCGCUUUCCUUAUCCCUUCGGCAAGCAUUCAUCUGUUAUCUAAGCUGCGUUGCCUUAGCUCUUUUGAUAGGCCCAAGUUCAUUGAACAAUUCGUGAAGCUCCUCGAAUCUUCAAAAGCCAGCGAAGAUGUAAAGAGUAAAUUGAUGCUUUCAGUGUAUAAUGGUCAAAAGUUCAUAACCAUCUAUAAUACCUUGAGCGAGGACUCCAAGAAAACGUUAGAUAGGAUUCUUGUCAAGAAGGCCAUGUUAAUCCUUUUGCGUCAUGGUAAAUGGGAGGAGGCCAUUCGUAUUGUUGACAUUUCCAAUGCCUAUAGGGCGGACCCCACAAAUCAGCUCGACAUUAUCUUGGUGAAGAACUCAUAUUCUCUGAGUGAUCAGGCAAAGGCAGAGGUGAUUGCGUUUGCUACCAAAAACAUCACAGCAACCGGGCGUAUGGGCAGGGAGGCGAAGCUUGUGCUUGCGUCUGCGGAGAAGGGCUUUCAUCGUCGGCAUCUUCUUCAGCAACUUGCUUCCUCCACAUCCGCCGAUGAAGAAGUGUACGCAGAGCUCAUUCGUCGAACAAAACCUGAAAAUAUCAAAGAGGUGCUUUCUGAUAUGGAAAAGCGUGGGCUUGACAAGAAUGAUCCAAAAGUACUUAAGGUCGUCGCUUUGAAAGCUAUGAAUAGUAAGGAUCCGAUGCUUGUUUUUAAAGAGAUCGAUACGCAAAUUCAAUGCAUCGGAAUAAAGCCAAUGCAUGUUUCCGUUGCCAUCAAGGCAGCAAAGACAUUCCAAACGGAAAAUGUUUUGCGUGCUGCUGUAAAGAUUGCAAAGCUUAUUCCGAGCUUUAAUCCGGCUUCAACCCUUCGAAACCUUACCCCUAUUCUUUUCACUCUCAAGAUGUACUCUGAAAUCGCAGACCUUGCCGACAUAUUCGGUAAAUAUUUACCAAUUCCAGAGGCGUUGCCCGUUGUCGUUGCCUUGGUAAAUGAUGCUCUACGAAGUUUAGGUCGAGAACCUCUUUCUGAGCUGUCCUCCAAAGACGUCAACUUUUCCUUUCCAUCACUCAAUAAAAGGACGGGAAAUAAUGCAGUUUCAACUUCUGAUGAAACUAUUGAGGUGGAUUUGUCCCCAAUUACAGAGACCAUGCUUAUUUACGCUAGAGAUAAGCAGUGGGAGAAGGCACUUGAGGUACUGACGCAACUCCCUAAUGUUGGGGCUCGGAACUUGGACGCGCUGACAUUGAUUUACAACUGUUCCCUAGGCGCGGCGGUGACUAAACCAGAUGUCUCGCUUUCUAUUUUUCAUUCCAUGCAGGAAAAGGCGGUUCCGAUGAAUACGACCACCGUGAACACCAUUCUCACGACGCUUGGGAAGUCGUCGGAAUGGGAAAAGUCAAUCGAAAUUUUUAAUGAGCUUUCCAUGACGUAUAGGGACACUAACACUUACCUGAUCAUUUUAUCGGUGUUAGGCAAAUAUAAUCGUUGGGAGGAUGCAAUUUCAGUUUAUGAUCAAGCGAUGAAGGCAUUUAAUAAGCCUCCCUUGUCAAUUUUUACUUUGACCAUUGGAAUUGCAUCAAACCACACUUGGUCUGAGACGUUGCGUGUCUUUCAAGAAUUGAUGCGACAUCAUAGCUCCUCUGUUAAAGACAAUGUUGUUAAUCAAGUCAUUCGUUCCCUCGAGCAAAACGGCCGUUCAACUGAAAUAGUUUCACUACAAAAACUUUUAGAAAAGAGAAAGAAAAAGAAAACAUAG